GUCUUAAAGUUUUAAAAACUUAAAGUAUAGAUGUUGGCAGCUUUGUAUUAUAGACAGAAAGGCUCUCAACCAAAUGAGGAAAAAGAGGAAUUAUCCGCAAGGAAUAGUGAGUUAGAAGAUCAUGCAAGUGUCGAGAAAAAUAGUAAAUCAGAAGAUAACUUAGUAAAAAGCGUAGAUUCAGGAAAAUCUUCGCGUAGUAAGCACAUUCCCUCUUCAUGCAGCCGUACUCAGACGCCAAACAAUUCAUGUUAUGAAAAAACUGAAUAUACUAAUAAUCCAUUCAUAAUGGAUGGUGCUUUACAAAUGAAUUAUCACCCAGAGAAUAUAAUCCACACAACAAAAUUAUUACGCUUCUCAAAUAAAAAAUCACUUGAGAAUUCUAAUCGCAUUAGAAAUGAGUUGGAUGAAGCUAUUGGUGGGAAAUAUAUAAGCUGUCCUUCUGUAAAUGAUGAGUUUUUACAUGCAAAACGAUUAGCUUUUCUCGAGACGCUUUUUAAUGGUAACAAUGCAGUGCAAAUACCACCUAGAUUUGAUAUUGAAAAAUCUAGGGAGUCUCUUUGCACUGGUGUUACUGGUAUGUUUGGAGGUAACUAUUCUGAUGCUAUCAGAGAACUUCAAACGGUAUGGAAUCGCUUGAAAUAAUAUUACUAGCAUUUAUUUUAACCUUAUUAUUUGUCCUGCUUAUUUGUUUGAACAUUUUUUAAUUUUUAUUGAUCACCUUCGUUUUAAAUAUCAAA